AUGGCGGACCCCUUCAAGAGCGACUCGGGUAAGCGCCGCUCGGCGCUCACCUCCGCGUUCGAGGAGCUCGCGCUGCACACGGCCGCCUUGAACGAUGAGGACGGGUUCAGCGCGCACGUCACCUACGACGCCGUGGGGAACGUGCGAGUCACCGAGAAUGAGCAGACGCUCGAUCCGCCGGUUGGAUCCUCCCUCGGUCGACCGACCCCGCUCCGCGGCCGCGCGUUCAACGUCCCAGACGACGACGACGCGGAGGCGCGGAGCUACGGGCGGCAGCACGGGAGCAGCCAGGGGCUAAACAUGCUCGCCGCGUCGGCGAGGUCGAGGGGCGCCACGCAGUCCACGGAGAGCGUCAAGAUGGCGUACUCGUGGAACCCCGGCACCGUGCUCGGCGGCGGCGGGAGCGAGAAACCCAGCGUCUUCGCCACGUCUCGCAGGGUGCCCAUCGCGGAUCGCGGGGAGUCGAUGCACGGGACGUCGGGCGAGCUCGCGCGCGCGCUCGCGAAGGUUGUGGUGGUGCACCCGCCCCACGAGGAGGAGGACGAGUGCUGCGAGAUGACCGCGGGGCGGACGCAGCGAGGGUCGUUCUCGUCGCUGCUGCUCCUCGAGGCGCAGGAGUUGUUCGACACGAUGGAGACGUUGGGGGACUCGCCCGAGGACGAGGUGAUCGAAAGCGCCAACCGCGUCGCCGUCGCCGCCGCCAACUGACUCGACUGCUUCGAUACCAGACUGCCCGGGAAUUUUUUCGCUCCGAUUCUUUCUUUGCGCAGCGCGGCGGCAGACGCAAAGCCACGUGUCACCGCGCGCGCGUGUACCAACACAAUUGUUUGAUUCGAUUAUCACGUUGUACAGAGACGACGAACGAGACGAUCUCGACGAAAGUUUUUAUAUAUUAUGAGAGGAUUAAUUCGGCGAGCUUCGCCGAAUGACAUC